AUGCGCACCUUCCAGUCUCUGCUUUUCCUCACGCUCCUGUUCGCCACCGCGCUCGCGGACCCACAUGGAAGCGUCGGCGGCGAUGUCGAAGAGCGCGAGAUUGGUCCCUCGAAUGUCUCGGUCGCGCAUACGCUAGGCCAGCCCGCACUCAGAUGGGACACAUUCCAUUUUGCGCAUAUUGCACAGUACGGCUAUGUCUACGAGCAUGAGCGUGCAUUCAUGCCUGGCACGCCGAUGGUCAUGCGUGCAAUGUUGGGGCUGUUGCGUGUGCUGGGAAUUUCUAGUUCAGAAGACCUUACGGACUUUGGCGAGCUGCUGCUUGGUGCUAUUUUAGUCGCGUUCACCUGCCACCUGCUAGCGGUGACAUGUCUUUACCGGCUAACCAUCCAUCAUCUACAAUCUCCCACCAUCGCCCUGCUUGUUUCCCUACUAUCCCUGCUGCCAAGUAGCCCGGCUACGUUGCGCAUCGUUCCAUAUACAGAGCCCUUCUUUACGUAUCUGUCGUACCAAGGCAUGUUAUUCUGCGCAAGGUCACAAUGGAUGCUCGCGGCGUGUUGCUUCGCGGCCGCAGGGACGUUCCGCUCGAAUGGCAUCUUGCUGUCCGGCUUCAUCAUCUGGGGUAUACUUGUGGAGCCCUACCUCGCACGUCGGAAGACUUCUCCGGGGCGCGUCGUGUACACCAUCUAUCUGGUGUCGCUUGUGUUUCUGCCGUUCGUGGCGCAUCAGUACAUCGCGUAUCGAGACUUCUGCUUGACCUCGGUGGCACCCGCGCCUUGGUGCAAUCGUAUUCCGCCAUCAAUCUACAGUUAUGUGCAGGCAAAAUACUGGAAUAGCGGGUUUAUGCGGUACUGGACGCCUCAGCAGCUGCCGAACUUCCUCAUCUCCGCGCCUGUCCUGGUGCUUCUCCUGGGGUACUCCGUGCACCACAUCAGGCGCGCACUUAUACCACGUCUACAAGCCCUCUUAUCAUCGCGAACGCACAUAAGCAAAAUCAGGACAUUGCAGUCGACAAUAUCCUCGCAUUCGCCGUUCCUGUCCCCAUCAGUAGCGCCACACGCCAUCCACGCAUUUAUCUUCACCCUCAUGCUUUUGUUUACGGCACAUACCCAGAUCGUCCUGCGGCUUGCGGCGUCGAUGCCGUUCACUUACUGGGCAGCUGCGUGGCUUCUGGUCGAGCACCCGUUGUGGGGAAAGCGGUGGGUAACCUGGAGUGUUGUAUGGGGAGCUGUCUCGGUGGUCCUGUGGGCAACAUUCAUGCCUCCAGCAUGA